AUGGGCUCUGUUCCGACAACGAAGAAGACGCCGCUAACGGGCGUUCACGUCCCUUGCCUCACGUGGUUCAAAGAUGGCGCCGACCAGGAGAUCGACUGGGAGCUCCAGCGCGAGCACCUCGAGUUCGUCAUCUCUGCCGGUCUUGAGGGCGUUGUCAUUGCCGGCACCAACGGCGAGGCAGUGACGCUCUCCUCCGACGAGAAGGCGCGCCUGCUUCGUCUGACCCGCGAAGUCGCCGUCCAACAGGGCCGCCCUGAUCUCGUCAUCACCAUGGGCACCUCGGGCCACUGCACUCGGGACGUUGUUGCCGAGACCAAGAUUGCCGCUGAAGCUGGCGCCGACUAUCUGCUCGUGCUCGUGCCGAGCUACUUCCACUUUGCCAUGGACGCCGACGCCAUCUGCGCCUUCUUUGAAGAGCUUGCCACGGCCUCGCCCCUCCCUAUCAUGAUCUACAACUUUCCCGGCGUCGUCGCGGGCCUCGACGUCAACUCGGACAUGUUCUCUCGCCUCGGCGCUCACCCCAACAUAGUCGGCUGCAAGCUCACCUGCGGCGGCAUCGCCAAGGUGUCGCGCAUCGCCGCCGAGUUUGCCCCGACCGACUUCUUCGCCCUCACCGGCCAGUCCGACUGGCUCGUGCCGGGCCUCAGCGUCGGCGCCACGGGCGUCGUCACGGGCGUCGCGAACCUGUACCCCCGCGUCUGCGCCGCCGUCUACGACCGCUACGUCGCCGGUGACACGGCCGAGGCCGCGCGCCUGCAGCUCGCGCUGGCCAGGGCCGAGUGGGGGUUCGCCAAGGGCGGCAUCAACGGCACGAAAUGGGUCGUCGCCACGCUGCGGGGGUAUGGGGCUGAGAGGGCGCACUGCCGGCGGCCGUACCCGCGCUACGAGGACGCGAAGAAGCAGGCUUGGAUUCGGGACGUUGUCGGCGCCUUGGCUGUCGAGGAAGAGAAGCUCGGGAAAAGGGUGAUUGCGUGA